UUCUGAGUGACACUAGGCUAAACAGCUGGAGCCUUACCACCUCUGCUUUCUCACCGCAGCUUGGGCUGUAGGGUUUUGCCUCUGCCAGAGUGCCGUCUCGGAACUUUUUCCUCCCAGAUCUUGACAGAUCGCCCCCCUCGACAGGGUUUGCGCAUCGCCGCCAGGAUGAAGCUGGCUCCCGUCGCCCUCCUGUGCUUAGGCUCGCUCGCCUUCCUAGGCGCAGAUACUGCAAGGCUCGACGUGGCGUCAGAGUUCCGAAAGAAAUGGAAUAAGUGGGCGCUAAGUCGUGGGAAGAGGGAACUUAAGCUGUCCAGCAGCUACCCCACCGGGCUCGCCAGCGUGCAGGCCGGGCCUGCCCAGACAAUCAUUCAGCCCCAGGACGUGAAGGGGGCCUCACGCAGCACCCAGGCCAGUCCGGACGCCGCCCGAAUCCGAGUAAAACGCUACCGCCAGAGUAUGAACAAAUUCCAGGGUGUGCGGAGCUCCGGCUGUCGCUUCGGGACAUGCACGGUGCAGAAGCUGGCGCAUCAGAUCUACCAGUUCACAGACAAGGAUAAGGACGGCGUCGCCCCCCAGAACAAAAUCAGCCCUCAGGGCUACGGCCGCCGGCGCCGGCGCUCCCUGCCCGAGGCCGGCCGGAGCUGGACUGUGUUGUCCCCGGAGCCACAGGCACAGCUGGCUCCAGCCUCCCGCUCGAAUCAAGUGCUCGUCUCCCUCUUUAGGAUUUAGGCCCCUGUGGCAGAGCGAUCGGUCCCGUUUGCAUCUGGAUGGCGCCUCCUGGGGCGGAGGGCUCCCUGCAGCGGAGCCUCUCAGCCUUUGGGGACGCGACUUAAUCAGCCGGGCGUAGAACGGGAGUUCGGGAGGCACAGUUCAGCAGCGAGCCCUGGCCUUGCACGGGUCCCUCCUCCUCAGAGGCGGCGUUCCUUUCGCCCUAACCGGGCCCGGGUGUCCCGGGGGAGGAGGGGAGGUGCGCAGAGGAAUCCCAGGGAAUGUCUGCAGCACUCACGGAGAGGAGGCGCUGAGAAUUAAAUACUGAGACCCCCGGGGCAAGGGUCUGAGCCACUGCCAUGCCUUCCCCCAACUGAUUUCUCACGGGGUACCAUCCCUCCGGGGCGCAAGCCCCCACUAUUACUUGAACCUUCCAAAACCAAGAGAGGAAAAGUGCAAUGCGUGUUGUCUAUACAGAGGUAACUAUCAAUAUUUAAGUUUCUUGCUGUCGAGAUUUUUUUGUAACUUCAAAUAUAGAGAUAUUUUUGUACGUUAUAUAUUGUAUUAAGGGCAUUUUAAAGCAAGUGUAUUGUUCCCCUGAGUAUUUUAAUUCGUGAAUGUCUCAGCGAGGUGUAACAUUGCUGCGUGGAAUGUGUGAAAGUUUGUGUGUAUGAAAGAGACUUAUUACCUCUUGUGGAAGAAGGAAACGCUGUGUCUAUGUAUAAUCUAUUUACCUAAAAUGAGUGAUAUGCGAAAUAGCAAACCAAUAAACUGCCUCGAUGCUGAUUCA